GGGACUUCAUGGACCCCCUGAAGCUCAUCCAUGGACCUCCAUGGACUACAGAAGUUGGUGACCUUUGAAGAUGUGGCUGUGUACUUCACCCAGACAGAAUGGGAUGGUCUGUCUCCUGCACAGAGGGCCCUGUACAGGGAUGUGAUGCUGGAGAAUUAUGACAAUGUGGCCUCCUUGGGAUUUCCACUUCUGAAACCUGCUGUGAUCUCACAACUGGAGGGAGUAGGUGAGCUGGGGGACCCAUCACCAUUGGCUUUUGGAACAGAACCAGGCCCUCAGGGCUUCUUGACUGUAGAUAUUGAUAUCCAGACUAACAAUAAUUUGAUGGAAAAAAUGUGUGAAGAAAAAGAUUAUACAUCAUUUGAACUUCAAAGGGAAUUUUCCCAGGAAACCAAUUACUCAGAAGCCUAUAUUCUAGAGAAACAACAGGAAAUUCAUUCAGCAGGAAAUGUGAAGGACGAGAUCAGCAUCAUUGAUGGACCAGUGAAAAAUGACACAAGCCCCAUGGAGGAGUUUUUCUUUAGUCAGAGUCCAAACUUGUAUCAGUGUCAUACCAUCUCCACUGAAGAGCAGCCCCUUGAGUGUACAGAACUGGCGAAAGCCUCCAGCUUUGACACAAAACUUAUUAAGCAUGACAUAAUUAAUUCUGGGGAAAGACCUUUCAAAUGUGAAGAAUUAGUGGAAACCUUUAGGUGUGACUCUCAACUUAAUCAGCAUCAAGAAACCCACAGUGAGGAGAAGCCUUAUAAGUGUACGGAGUAUGGCAAAAACUUCCGCAUUAAUGAAAAAUUAAUUUGGCAUCAAAGACUUCAUAGUGGGGAAAAACCCUUCAAAUGUGUGCAGUGUGGGAAAAGCUUCAGCUACAGUUCCCAUUAUAUCACACAUCAGACAAUCCACAGUGGGGAGAAGCCCUAUCAGUGUAAGGUGUGUGGGAAGGCCUUCAGUGUUCAUGGGAGUCUAAGCAGGCACCAGAGAAUCCAUACAGGAGAGAAGCCCUAUCAGUGCAAGGAAUGUGGAAAUGGCUUCAGCUGUAGUUCUGCAUAUAUUACACAUCAGAGAGUCCACACUGGAGAGAAACCUUACGAGUGUAAUGACUGUGGGAAAGCUUUCAGUGUUAAUGCAAAAUUAAUUCAACACCAGAGAAUCCAUACUGGAGAGAAACCUUAUGAAUGUAAUGAGUGCGGAAAAGGCUUCAGGUGCAGCUCCCAGCUUAAACAGCAUCAGAGCAUCCAUACUGGAGAGAAGCCCUAUCAGUGUAAAGAGUGUGGAAAGGCCUUCAAUGUUAAUGCAAAACUAAUGCAGCAUGAGAGAAUCCACACAGGUGAGAAACCCUAUGAGUGCACUGAAUGUGGAAAAGCUUUCAGUGUCAAAGGGAAGUUAAUUCAGCACCAGAGAAUCCAUACAGGUGAGAAACCCUAUGGAUGUAGUGAAUGUGGGAAAGCCUUCAGGUGUAACUCUCACCUUCGGCAGCAUCUGAGAAUCCACACUGGGGAGAAGCCAUAUGAGUGUAAUGAGUGUGGAAAGGCCUUCAAUGUUAAUGCAAAACUAAUUCAGCAUCUGAGAAUACACACUGGGGAGAAACCCUUUGAAUGUAAUGAAUGUGGGAAAUGCUUUACUUCUAAAAGAAACCUAUUUGAUCAUCAUCGAAUCCAUACUGGAGAGAAACCCUAUCAAUGUAAGGAAUGUGGGAAAGCCUUUAGUAUCAAUGCCAAACUAACUACUCAUCAGAGAGUACACACUGGGGAGAAACCUUUCAAAUGUACAGAAUGUGAGAAAGCAUUCAGCUGUAGUUCUGACUAUAUUGUGCAUCAGAGAAUCCAUACUGGAGAGAAACCCUUUCAGUGUAAGGAGUGUGGAAAAGCCUUCCAUGUUAAUGCACAUUUAAAUCGACAUCAGAGAAGCCACACUGGAGAGAAGCCCUUCAGAUGUAUGGAUUGUGGGAAAGGCUUCAGCUUUAGUUCUGACUGUAUUAUACAUCAGACAGUUCACACCUGGAAGAAACCCUAUGUGUGUAAUGUGUGUGGAAAAGCCUUCAGGUUUAGUUUCCAACUUAGUCAGCAUCAGAGUGUCCAUAGUGAAGGAAAGUCCUAAUAAUAAAGGUGUAGAAAAAUCUGAAGGUUAAUGCCAAAAUGGAUUGAAUAUCAUCAGAUUUAUCCUGAUGGGAAACCCUGAGAGGGAAGUGAAUAUGACAUAGAGUCUUCACAUGGAAACAAGUGUUUUUUAAAUUUAAUUUUUAAUCAGAAAAGGAUGAACAAUUAAAAAGAAAUAUCCAAAGUUAGUUUUAUACCAGUGAGGACUGGAAAAUAUGAUGUAAGAAAAUAUCCCAUUCCUCACAGAAAAUAUUUUCUAGGAAUAAACAAUGAUUGUGGCAGACCUAUAUGGAGGAAAUUAAAAAUCUCCACCGAGGGCUACCAAAGGAAACUUGAACAAAUGAAAAGAGAAAGCUCAUUCUUGGAAAGGAAAACACAUAUUGUGUUCUACCUAAAUUAAUUUAUUUCUGUUUAGUUUUCUAAACAAUUGGCAUGCAUACUUUUGUAAAGAGGAAAAAUAAAGAUUUCUUUAAAAAAGGAAAAAA